AUGAGUGCGCCUUGCCCACGGGGGCCAAUCUGCUCCUACCGCUGCAUCAAACAUCCCGGAGCUUCCAGUGCAGCUGCCCCUCGACCGGCUACCGGCUGGCCCAACGGCCGCAACUGCCAAGACAUUGAUGAGUGUGUGACCGGCAUCCACAACUGCUCCAUCAACGAGACCUGCUUCAACAUCCAGGGCGGCUUCCGCUGCCUGGCCUUCGAGUGUCCUGAGAACUACGCCGCUCCACAGACACGAGCUGCUCCUGUCUGUCUGUCCGUGCUCCGUCACUCCCUCCCAGGCCCUUGUCUGUGUCUGGGUUCGAGGAUUCUGGAAGAUGGGCUGGUUGCUGUUGACCUCAGGCUCGGCCGCUGCGAGCGCUUGCCUUGCCAUGAGAAUCAGGAGUGCCCCAAGCUGCCUCUGAGAAUAACCCACUACCACCUCUCUUUCCCCACCAACAUCCAAGUGCCCGCCGUGGUCUUCCGCAUGGGCCCCUCCAGUGUCGUCCCCGGGGACAGCAUGCAGCUGGCCAUCACCGGCGGCAACGAGGAGGGCUUUUUCACCACCCGGAAGGUGAACCACCACAGCGGGGUGGUGGCCCUCACCAAGCCCGUCCCCGAGCCCAGGGACAUGCUCCUGACCGUCAGGAUGGACCUCUCCCGCCACGGCACCGUCAGCUCCUUUGUGGCCAAGCUUUACAUCUUUGUAUCCGCAGAGCUCUGAGCACGCGCUUCGGGCCGCUGAGGGGGCCCCCUUGUUGCUUUCCCCACCCUCCGCUCCGGAAUGCCAAUAAAGGCUCAGCGGGCAAUCCCACACAGCA